GUUGAUCUGAAGCCACGAUCUACAUUAGACGUGAAAGAAAGAUCCAUGAAAGAAAUACGAGGACUACUUAUUUAGAUUUAUUCCUAGAUUCAUCAUUUUUAGCUCAAGUAAAAAAUCCCUAAAAUAAAAUGGUUAAGACUCGAAAGAUUUUUGCUGUCGGAGAGCCGGUUUUCGCCAAAUGGCCCGGGAGUACCAAGUAUUUUGAGGCAAAAGUGGACGAAAUACUCGAUUCUGAAUACCGCGUUACUUUCAAAGAUGGAACGAGCAUGGAUAUCGAUAAAGCAGAUGUCUAUAAAGAGGGUUAUUUUCGUUCUCGAUCUUCUUCUCCUGCUAGAAGAGGCAGAAGCAGAUCCCCUGGUCGAAGGAGAUCGCGAUCGCGAUCACGAUCGCCAGCUAGAAAAACAAGUACACCGAAGCGAUCAACAAGCGAAAGUCCACCUCGCAGGGCACGAUCUCCUGGUAGAUCAAGAAGACAGACCAAGACAGAAAAAGUUGAAGCUGAAAUCAAAAAGGAAGAAACCAAAAAAGAAGAAAAAGAAGUUCAAGAAACCCCAGUUAAAACUUCACAGGUCAAACAAACAAGGUCAAUCCCUCCCCAACAGGAAACUACUGCUACUUCUACUCGCCUGACACGGUCAGUCACUAAGCAUUUGGUAAAAGAAGAAAAAGAAGCUUUGUUUGGUACGAAGAAACUGGAAGAAGAGAUAAAAGAAAAAUCACGCAAGUCUAGAAGACCAGCUUACGAGUUUGGAGGGCCUUUGGGGGUUUUCUUUCUCAUGAUAGCUUUACCAGCAGUAGUCUAUGCUGUUUUCAUCUGUAGUGGCAAGAAAAGCUCCUGUACCUUUAGGGACUAUAAGGAGGUGAAGUUACCAAAAAAGUGGGAUGCCUAUYUUAACGAAGGCAGCUUGAUAGUCGUUGGAUGGAUUGUUUUUCAAGCUAUCCUGUAUGCUAUUCCAGUUGGAAGGAUUGCUCAAGGUGUGGCUUUACCUGAUGGACGCAGGUUGAACUACAGGACCAAUGGGUUCAUUGCUCUUGUUUUCACCAUGGCUUGUUUCCUCUUCGCGAAAAGCAAGAACGUCCCCUUUACGUACGUGUACGACAAAUACCCUGCUCUAAUAACAUCUGCUACCAUCACAUCAACUCUGAUUGCUGUGUUUGUGUACAUCAAGGCAAAGAGAGAAGGAACUGGACUUUCUUCCACUGGAAACACAGGUAAUGUUCUGUAUGACUUCUUCAUCGGACAUCAACUCAACCCAAGGAUUGGCAACUUUGACUUAAAGUUCUUUUUUGAAAUGAGACCUGGUCUUAUUGGUUGGUUGAUCAUCAACUUUUGUCUGGCUAACCAAGAGUACAAAAACUACGGUGCCCUAUCACCAGCAAUGAUCAUGGUCUGUUCGUUCCAGCUGGUGUAUGUUAUGGAUGCACUGCUAUUUGAGGCUUCUAUCUUGACAACCAUUGACAUUGUGCAUGAAGGAUUUGGGUUCAUGCUGUCCUUUGGGAACAUCGUUUUUGUGCCAUUCAUGUUCUCUCUUCAAGCAAAAUACCUUGCAGAUCAUCAAGUGGACAUUCCUUGGCCAUUUAUCGUCGCUAUCAUUAUUCUCAAAGUUGUUGGCUUUGUUAUUUUCCGUGGUUCCAACCUGCAGAAAGACUACUUCAAGCUUCAACCAAAUGACCCUGAUUUCCAAGACAAGGAAACAAUCCUGACACCAAGUGGGACGAAACUGAUGGUGUUUGGUUGGUGGAGGCUUGUUCGCCAUCCCAAUUACUUUGGUGACAUUCUGAUGGCUCUGUCCUGGUCUCUAACCUGUGGAUUUUCUCACUUAGUUCCAUGGUUGUACCCCAUCUACCUCGUCUGCCUUCUGGUUCACCGCCAACGACGAGUCGAAGCCCUAUGCCUCAAAAAAUACGGCAAAAGCUACGAGGAAUACUGCAGACGAGUUCCAUACAGGAUCUUUCCUCUUGUUUACUAGUAACAAGGUGUGAAGUGUUAAGCCUCUUACAGAAAUACUGUAUCCUUACGAUAAAGACUUGCUAAAAUAGCUCGUUUCUGAUUUUGUGAAAAAUACUACGGGAACUUGAUGUGUACAAAAUGCUAGACAAUGAAGAUUUUACUUCUAGUUAACUUAUGUAUAGUCAAACAUUCUUCUCAUACUUUUAAUCCAUCAUGUAUUCGAUAUUUUUGUAUUCAGUGUUUUACUCGUUUUUCAUGCGUUGUUGAUAUACAAACAACAACUGAAAAUCUUUGAAAUUGUCUUCCAAAAAUGUUGAAGUAAAAGUAGAAGAACAAAGUAGAAUAAGUUCUCUCUAUUCUUUGUAACAAAGAAUAUUUCUUGAGCGUGCAGUAUUUUCUCUCAAUUUUUUAACGAAACAUUUUUGCGCGAAAAUUUGUACGCCUUUUGUAUAAGUCCUAACAAAGAGAAAACCCAAAGUUAUGCAGUYUUAUGCGCUUAGAAUCUUUUAUUUGCCAGCCCUGUAAAGACUGAACAAGUCCACAUAAAAGAUAGUUAGACAUGUGUAAACAAAUGAUUUUUUUCGUGAUUUUUGCGACCUAUUUUUCUCUUUGCGCAUAAAAAACUUGAAUGUAAGAUUUUUGAACUUAUGAUUUCACAAAAGUUUAUAACAAGUUUUAGAAAGACUUAUAGAAUUUAUUUUAGAAAGUUCUUAAGUUUUAGAUAUUGUAAAUAACACUUAUUCCAAGCAUUCGUAUUGUUAUAGAUUUAUUAAUAUUAGAAAAGUUUGGUUUUGUACUUCCUACGCAUGCAUGAUCGGGACGCCGUUUUUGAAAUAAUUGGAAUAAAACGAGAUUUAUCUCGCUCUAUAUGAACAGUAAAAAUCUUUAUUCUUUAUUCCCAAGGAAGUAGAAAAUAAAACUGUGUUAAUACUUUUAAUCUCAUUUAGAGAGAUUUUUUGUGAGUAGCGAAAGUGAUGGGUCGAUGUGCACCGUGAUUGGCUAACGUGAAAUCAGAUUCCAUUGGAAAGCCAUAUCAGUGUUAUGGUAUAUGUAACGUGACGUAAUUUACUUUCCAACUCGCACAAGCUUCCCUCUAUGUGCGAUCAUUUCCAUCAAAUAUAUAAUCUUGUGUAUAUCGUAAUCUCCAUUAUUAUCCUUGCAUUUAUCCAAUAAAGGCAUUUUAAUCUAA